AUGUAUAAAAAAAAAAAGCGAACAAAUCCUUCUGCGUUAGUCGCACUUGGAGAAAUGAAGGUACGUCCCACCAGACUGAUCAGGACUUUGUUUAUGGUAAUCCUUGUACUCUUUGUCUUCCUCAACAUGCAUGUGCUAAUGCACUUUGAGCCGCGGAAUGGCGACGAAAUAAACAGAUCACUGCUCCACAAACUCAGACUCCAAGGAAACUGGGGAGACACAGCACAUGUGCAAACACGAUUGUCAGAUCUCAGCGAUACCAAAAACACCAACGAUAGUGGCGGAUUAGAGGUAUUCAUACCAGUAAACCAAUACAAUAAGACGUUCCUUCAUCGUGAUAUUGAGGAAAGUAAUCUAACCCAGAUUCGCCUCGAAGUGGACAGAGCCAAUCGGGAACAAUUUAUACACAAUCUUAAUAAGUUUGGCUUAAAACUCAAAUCAGACAGUGUUGUUAUUGUUGUACAAGUCCAUGAUCGUUCCCAGUACCUCCAAAUCCUCAUUGAUUCGUUACGAAAAGUCAACCAAAUCAAGGAUUCAUUGUUAAUAUUUAGUCAUGAUGUGUACUCUGAUGAAUUAAAUAGAAUUGUGCGUUCAGUGGAUUUUUGUCCGGUAAUGCAAAUAUAUUUUCCUGUCACACUUCAACUACAUCCGAAGGAGUUUCCUGGUCAGGAUCCUAAUGAUUGUCCACGAGACGUGAAGAAAGAGGAGGCAUUAAAGAAAAAGUGCAAUAAUGCAGCUUUUCCAGAUAAAUAUGGGCAUUAUCGAGAACCAAAAUAUUGUCAGACAAAACACCACUGGUUAUGGAAAUUGGACCGCGUCUUUGAUAAGUUAGAAGUGAUGAAGAACUACACUGGCCAUGUUUUACUGCUUGAGGAAGAUUACUAUGUAGCUCCUGACAUUAUCACUGUUAUACAAAUGAUGAAUAAUUUAAAGAAAAGGGAUUGUAAAGAAUGCAGAAUGUUGACUGCUGGGAAUUAUGAUAAAACACAAAGUUUUGUGGUCAACUCAGGCAAGGUGGAGUUGGCAACAUUCAUUUCCUCAAGACAUAACAUGGGCAUGACAUUUGCGAGGGAUCUGUGGAAUGAAAUUAAAAAAUGUGCCAAGGAGUUCUGUGACUUUGAUGAUUAUAACUGGGACUGGACAUUGCAACAUUUGAGUAUGAAAUGCAUUGCUAACAAAGUACAAGUAAUGAAGAUGAAGGCAACGCGUGUGUUCCAUAUGGGUGACUGUGGAGUGCAUCAUAAAGGGAAAAAGUGUGAACCGCUUGUGAAACAAAAACAGAUUGAAAAAAUUCUUCAAGACAAUCAACAGCACCUCAACCCCAAUGUCAUGAAGGUGGCAGGCACAUCCAAGAUCAAAAUCCGCGACCCCAAACCAAACGGUGGAUGGGGAGACAUACGAGACAAAAAACUGUGUCAUAGUUUUGUGUCAGCAGAAGAUGAACGAAAGAUGCAACAGUUUAUGAAAUCAAAUGAUAUAUCUUUGCUGACCAGAUAAGAGUCUCUUGUACUAAUAGAUUUGAUUUAUUUUUCUAUUGUGUUCAUAUGAAUGAAGGAAUCACUCUACUUGUCUUGUUGCA